UUUAAUUUAUUGACAAUAAAAUUUGAUGUAUUAUAGUAGUAGGUAACAUCCAUAUAAACAACAGUAUUAUUUACUUUUUUAAGCCUUGAAAUUAUUAUUAAACAUGGCCUUUACGUUGAGAAGAAGUUCUUCAUUUUUAAGCAAAUAUGGACAACAAGUACGUUUCUUUAGUUUACAUAAACUCUCCGAAGAACAUAUACUUCUACAAAAAAUGUGUAGAGAUUUCGCUGAAACAGAAUUAAAACCAAUUGCUGCUGAUUUAGAUAAACAUAAAAAAUUUCCAAUUGAACAAAUUCAAAAAAUGGGUGAUUUAGGUUUAAUGAGUAUUAAUGUAUCUGAAAAGUACGGUGGUGCCGGUCAAGAUUAUUUAUCGUUAGCAUUAGCUGUAGAAGAAAUAUCCCGAGGAUGUGGAGGAACUGGUGUAACAGUAAGUGUACAUAAUUGCUUGUAUGCAAAACUUGUCGAUGUUUUUGGAACGGAAGCACAAAAAGAACAGUUUUUGCGCCCUUUUACAAAAGGUACAAUUGGAUGUUUUGCUUUAAGUGAACCAGGUGCGGGAAGUGAUGUUGGAGCUAUGAGUACGACUGCUAAGAAAGAUGGUGACUUUUAUAUAUUAAAUGGAACUAAAUCAUGGGUAACAAGUGGGUCAUACGGGAAAGCAGCAGUCAUAUUUGCAACAGUUGAUCGAUCAUUAAAGCAUAAAGGUAUUACAGCAUUUUUAGUGCCAAUUCCAAUACCUGGAUUGUCUUUAGGAAGGGAAGAAGACAAAAUGGGAAUUAGGGCAUCAUCAACGUGUAAUAUAAUCCUAGAAGAUGUACGAAUUCCUGUUGAAAAUCUUCUAGGCACCGUUGGUGGAGGAUUUAAAAUUGCAAUGGCACAAUUAGAUGGUGCGCGUGUUGGAAUUGCCGCACAAGCAUUAGGCAUAGCACAAGCAGCACUCGAAUGUGCAAUAAGUUAUGCUAAUCAACGCCAGGCGUUUGGUCAACCUAUCAUUAAGUUACAAGCUAUAAAAAUAAAAUUAGCUGAAAUGGCGACAAGAUUAGAAGCAGCGCGAUUAAUGGUAUGGCGUUCAGCUGUUGCUAAAGAUACUGAAACACGUUCAACAAAAGAAUCAUCGAUGGGUAAAUUAUUAGCCAGCGAAACGGCCACAUUUGUAACACACCAGUGUAUACAAAUAUUAGGUGGAAUGGGUUACGUAACAGAUAUGCCGGCUGAAAGACAUUAUAGAGAUGCUCGUAUUACUGAAAUUUAUGGUGGUAUUUCAGACAUACAAAAGUUAGUCAUCGGUGAUUUAGUUAAUAAAGAAUAUGGAUAUUAAAAAUUCAACGACUGUUUAUUAUUAAUUGGGUUAUGAGUUCUAUCUUGGCUCUUCUUUCGGCCUAGAAGUUAUCGCAAACAUUUAUUCAUAAAUAAAAAAGUUUAAAAGUAGUUUUGACCGAUCAAAACCUCUUUUGACUCGCAGUUAAGAGUUUUGACUAUAACAUAAUUGGAAUAGCACAAUUCUGUUAUAUUAACUGAUCGGAAAACUCUUCUCAAACUUACUUACUAACCAAUUAGUUGAAAUCUUUCAAUAUUCUGAACCAUAUUUUUAAACUAAAUGACUAUGAAUUCCUGAUCAAAUAUCUAUGGACACAAAAUUUGUUUACGAAUAAACAUAAACAUGAGAAUUUGUAUGCCUCCGUAACUAUGAAACUAUUCAUAGAGGAUACUUUUGCAAAUGAAUACUUUAUAGAUUAGAGCAGACCGUAAAUUACUAGCAUAUUUCAAAUUUAAAUAAUCUAAUUA